GAAGGUUCAUCUAUUUACACCAGCUAGGCUGCCUUUUGUCAACAGAGUGAACUUUGACCACUUCCAGAUCCUCCGAGCCAUCGGGAAGGGAAGCUUUGGCAAGGUUUGCAUCGUCCAGAAGAGAGAUUCGGAGAAGAUGUACGCCAUGAAGUACAUGAACAAGCAGCAGUGCAUCGAGAGGGACGAGGUUCGCAACGUCUUUAGGGAACUCGAGAUCCUGCAGGAAAUCGAGCACAGUUUCUUGGUGAACCUCUGGUAUUCAUUUCAGGAUGAGGAAGACAUGUUCAUGGUGGUGGAUUUGCUCCUGGGGGGUGAUUUGCGCUACCACCUGCAGCAAAACGUGCAGUUCACGGAGGAGACGGUGAAGCUUUAUAUCUGUGAGUUGGCCCUGGCCCUAGAUUACCUCAGAAGCCAGCACAUCAUUCACAGAGAUGUGAAGCCAGACAACAUUCUCUUGGAUGAAAAAGGACACGCUCAUCUGACAGAUUUCAACAUCGCCACCAUAAUCAGAGACGGAGAGAGAGCCACGGCCCUGGCGGGAACCAAGCCGUAUAUGGCUCCAGAGAUUUUCCAUUCCUUUGUUAAUGGCGGGACCGGCUAUUCCUUUGAGGUUGACUGGUGGUCGCUAGGAGUGAUGGCUUAUGAACUCCUUCGUGGAUGGAGACCCUACGACAUCCAUUCGAGCAAUCCAGUGGAAUCGUUGGUCCAGUUGUUCAGCACCGUGAGCGUCCAGUACGUCACCACGUGGUCAAAGGAAAUGGUCGCUUUACUCAGAAAGCUCCUGACGGUGAAGCCGGAGCACCGGGCGAGCAGCGUGGGAGCCGUGCAGCUGGCCCUCCGCCUCUCCGACCGCCUCUGGGAAGACCUCCGACACAAGACGCUCCAGCCCACCUUCGUCCCCAAUAAAGGCCGCCUGCACUGCGAUCCGACGUUCGAGCUGGAGGAGAUGAUCCUGGAGUCGCGGCCCCUGCACAAGAAGAAGAAGCGGCUGGCCAAGAACAAGUCCCGGGACAACAGCAAAGACAGCUCGCAGUCCGAAAACGACUAUCUGCAGGAUUGCCUCGAAGCCAUCCAACAGGACUUUGUGAUUUUUAACCGAGAGAAAUUGAAGAAGAGCCAAGACCUAAUGAACGAGUCCCUAUCUCCCUCCAAAGCUACCGAUGAGGUGGAGGAGGAGGCGGAGGCUAAAUCCGAGCCCUCCCAUUUAAAUCUCUGUAGCUCGGUGUGUUCCAGCACAGGGAGCAGUUAGAAACCUCGAGGCUCGAACGCAGAGAGGCUCCGGACAGGACAACUGGAAUAUAUUAUUCUCAGGUUGCAUUGAUAAAUAGCUCUCUAGAUAUAGCCCUCAGAUGGAAAGAGCACCAGAAGAACAUUCUCCCGCCGAAGCAGAAAUAGAAGCAUGGUUCUCAAAGAACUGAAUUCUCAGAAUUAAGCAACUGUCGAUACUGUGGUACCUGAAGGAAGAAGGAUUCUUGCUAUGCAACAUCCAAGUGAAAAUCGUGGGGUUUUAAGGUUUUUUGGGUUUUUUUUUUUUUUUUGUAGAGGAACAUCUUUGGGCGGGGGCGUAUUUUAACGGGACAAAAAAAAAUAGAUCACACCUUUUCGUAAGUUUAUGCAGCCGAGUCAAAACAGACCAAUUUACCUUUAGGGAAUCUAUUUUCUCAACUCAAUGGAGUCAGGAAGGGACAGAGAAAAGUUCUUUUCCAUUGAGAAUAGAGGUGCUGCUAAAGCAGACGGAGUCGACUGUAACAUAUUGUUUAUUUUUUAAUGCUUGAUAUUUCCCCGGCCUAUUUUCUAACUAGACCAGGGGGUGAUUCCCCCUCUGCUCCGGCUGUAGAUAUUGCCUUUUCGACUGUUUCCGAAGCCUUUUCUACUUGAGGCCGAUUGACUAACCAUUUAGUGGCUUUGUGAUCCUCCGACCGACUUGAGUCUAUCAGGCGAUUAUUGUGAUGUUCCGUCAGCCUCCUGACCACAGAGUUCAUACAAACGUGAUUUGAAACCCACCAGCUCGUUAGCCGAAGUUGUGGAUGUCGCCAAGGUUUUGCAAACUUCCUGUAUAUUAUUUAGAGGAAAAAAAGGAUAAAGGAUCUUUAUACAGAUGUCAGAUCUCUCAA